GUUUUGAAUAUUAUUGUGUUACCGUAAUUGCGGACCGCGUUAGUUGAUCAAUCAUUUCACAUUUGUUAUUAAUACGUACCGAAACGCUACGGCCGAGGCCGACAAACGGACAAACAAUAGCACAUUGCGCACGCGGCACGGCGUUUGACCGGUUUCCGCGUUUUUUCGUUCCUCGUCAACCAACCCAUAUCGACGUUCAUACUUCACCGAUCUGUUUUCGGCUAAAUUGUUUCUUUUUCCACUAAACGUGCAUGCGCGCGCGAUCCUCAAAUCGCUCCGGUCCGCUGACGGUCAUUGUUAGUUAGAUACGCACGACAAAACUGUUAGAUGAUAAGCGCGGCGGGGAGAUGUAAUAGCGGUGGUGGCGGUCGUGUCUCGGCGAUGUCCAAAGAUUGUCGGAUCGUAAACGGCGGUGGUGGUGGCGUCGUCGUCGGCGGAUUCGUGAACCACUGUGAGCAGGUGCUCGAUGACCAAAACGAAAUGGUGAUGGCCGCGUCUAAGAUCGGCGUGGUUUCUGGCAGCGAUCAGACUGUGGCCUCCAUCAACCACCGCGUCUACCCGCCGUCGUCCAAUGAGCUGGGUAAACUCAAGGACCUGGCAAUCGACAAUCUCAUAUUAUUAGAAGAGUACUCAAAAUCUGUUGCCCUGCAAAAUGAAAAGAUAUCACAGUUGACAAACGAAGUGGAUAUUCUUAAACAGAAGUUGGCGUUAGCUAAUCAACAUAUAGCUGAAAUAGCUACUAGAGAGGAAAACUUGGAUGUCUUACCAUUCACACCAGUUUCUUCAACAUGCUCAUCUGGCAUGGGAGAUUUGAGUUCGGCUGAAUUACAAGAUCAGCAAGAACAACAGGACAUUAAACCAAAAAGGCGAAGACUUCGUCAAGCUGUUACUAAACAACCGAAUCCAGAUCCAUUAGAAUCCACCCAAACAAAACAGCCGAGAACUAGGACUACACGAGCUAAAUCAGCUAAAAUAGGAAAAAUGCAAGAAUUGUCUUUGAUCACAGCAGAUGAUGCAUAUUACACAUGCCUAGGAAAUUAUGAUCCUGUAAAAGAUGAACCAGUUUCCGAAAAGACUAAUAGUAAUUUAGAAAUACCAAGUUGGAGAGUUAAAACAUAUUCUAGUUGGUAUUCUAUGGAAGGCACAGAAAAUAUGUCCGAUGAUAUCUUUGAAAGCAGACAUUAUAGACUUGAACAAUGUGAACAAAAACGUAAAAGAUGGGAUUUGCAACGAAUUAGGGAAUUAAAACGAGUAGAGUAUUUGAAGGAAGGUCGUAAUAAACACCAUUCACAGAAAUCUAAUGACAAUAAUAAGGAAGAAUUGACAACUUUAUUGCCCAGCCCAUCAAACAUCAAAGCAAUUGAAAUCACAGAUAAAUUACCUGUGUCCGCAUUUGGCAGCAAUUUACAUAUUAAAAAGAAACUUGAAAUAUACAAAUUUUAUCACAGUCAAUGGUAUAAUGAUGGGUCUCAAGCGCCAAAAGAAUGCAACAUUGGUGGACUUCGUUCUUCAGGUUGUAGUCAAUUUUAUGACACCAUGUAAGUUACUACUUUCAUGUAAUUUUUCAUUUUUGUGACAAAUAUAACAGAUCUGGACUCUUCCGCUUAAACUAUUUGAUUAUUUGUUAUAUAAUGUAUAAAACAAUCUUGUAUGUAUGAUUUACAACCACAGAGGUUGUUUUGUUGUGAUAUUUAUCUAGUAUUUAGGAUAUACCUUUUUUUUUUACUUUAUUAUUUUAUUAUAAAUUUUAUUUUCCUUUGAAAUUGUAAGAAGUCUAAUUUAUAUUAAAGUGUUGCAAAUAAUAAAUAUAGUACCCUGCUAAAGUCCUAUGAAAUA